CGUCGAAGAGGAACCGGUUCAUCAUGGCUCUCGGAAACAGCGUCACUCGGAUUCUCUCGGCUCCUCUCGGCAAGAUGGCAGCUGUUGACAUCGACAUGCCGAUGGAACCCGAAUCGGGGUCCCAGAUCUUCAAUUUAAUGGACCUGGAACGUGAGGCGGAGGUCUUCAAAGAGGAGGGGAAUGCCUUCUACAUCAAUAAAGCGUACUCUGAGGCGUUCAGCUGUUAUUCCAAGGCCAUCGAUGCCUGCCCCAAAAAUGCCAGUUACUACGGCAACAGGGCAGCCACGCUGAUGAUGCUGAGUCGCUUCCGAGAGGCUCUGGAAGACUCCCAGCAGGCCGUGCGGCUGGAUGAAUGUUUCAUGAAGGGCCACCUGCGAGAGGGAAAGUGCCACUUGUCUCUCGGCAACGCCAUGGCAGCCAGCCGCUGCUUCCAGAAGGUUCUGGAGCUGGAGCCUGGAAACAUGCAGGCCCAGCAGGAGCACAAGAACGCAUCAUCCAUAUUGGAGUUUGAGCGAGUUGCAGAAUCUGGCUUUGAAAAGCGGGAUUUCAGAAAGGUGGUGUACUGUAUGGACCGGGCCCUGGGCGUAGCCAGCGCGUGUCACCGCUUCAAGAUCCUGAAGGCCGAGUGUCUGGCCCUGCUGGGACGCUACCCCGAGGCCCAGUCGGUUGCCAGCGAUAUCCUGCGGAUAGACUCGACCAACGCUGACGCCCUGUACGUGCGCGGCCUGUGUCUCUACUACGAGGACUGCAUCGACAAGGCCGUGCAGUUCUUCGUCCAGGCCCUGCGCAUGGCCCCCGACCACGAGAAGGCCCGCCUCGCCUGCAGAAAUGCCAAGGCUCUGAAGGCCAAGAAGGAGGAGGGGAACCAGGCCUUCAAGGACUGCAGCUACGAGGCGGCCUACCGCCUGUACACAGAAGCCCUGACGAUAGACCCCAACAACAUCAAGACCAACGCCAAGCUGUACUGCAACAGAGGAACCGCAGGAGUUAAGCUGACUAAACUGGAUCAAGCCAUCGAGGACUGUACCAGCGCCAUCAAGCUGGACCCCACGUACAUCAAGGCCUACUUAAGACGAGCCCAGUGCUACACAGACACUGAACAGUAUGACGACGCGGUGCGGGACUACGAAAAAGUUUACCAGACAGAGAAAACUAAAGAACACAAGCAGCUGCUGAAGGCUGCCCAGCUGGAGCUGAAGAAGAGCAAGAGGAAAGACUACUACAAGGUGCUCGGCAUCGGCAAAAACGCCACCGACGACGAGAUCAAGAAGGCCUACCGCAAGAGAGCCCUCAUGCACCAUCCGGACCGCCACAGCGCCGCCACGACAGAGGUGCAGAAGGAGGAGGAGAAGAAGUUCAAGGAGGUGGGCGAGGCCUUCACCGUGCUGUCGGACCCUAAGAAGAAGUGUCGCUACGACAGCGGCCAUGACCUGGACGACGACGGUGGCUGUGGAGGCGGAGGAGGAGAUUUUGAUGCCAACAACAUCUUCAGGGCCUUCUUCGGGGGACAAGGACAAGGACAAGGACAAGGAGGAGGAGGAGGGUACAACUUUGAGUCAAGCCCAAAUGCCGGUCCUGGUAAUUUCUUCUUCCAGUUUGGUUAGCGCUGAAGGAACGUGUGACGUCGCCGUGACCCUGCCGUGGACAGUAUGAAGUCUGAUUCGCAAACUUCUCCGACGGAUCUCUUUCUCCCAGGGUUUUCUUUCUUUCUUUUUUUCUAAACUCCUUCUAUUCCUGUGCACACUUCUUUGAGGACUCCCUCCCCCCCCCCCCUCCCUCUGUCGUUCCUGUGUCCUGGCUGGGGUCAAGGGUCACCGUUUUCUGCUCCUACGGACUCAUCAUCACAUCAUUACUGACGUGUGGUGCAGGGCUUUUUAAAAGAAAAAUGAACAAACUCUACGGAGGUGAUGCUUUACUUCACUAAAGCACAGGAUGAGGUCCCGCUAGGGUUUGGAUGAUGUCACACCACACUCUGGGAUGAUGUCACACUAUACUGGGAUGAUGUCACACUUGACUCUGGGAGGAUGUCAUGCCAGAGUCUGUGUGACCUCAUACCAGUGUCUGGGUGAGAUCAUACCACAGGUUGAGGUCAUGCCUGUGCCCGGUUGAUGUCUUGCCAUAUAUGUGGUCGAGUUUAAGUUUACCUAUGCGGUUGCCAAAAUAAUACUACUGCUUUCCUCAUUUAUUUUGUUAAACUGGGGACAGAUUCUAAAUUAGUAAAACUGCUGCUCUAUACUUGAUCAGACCAAAUUUACGGAUGUUUUCACUUUUAAUUUCACUCGACUCUUUCUAAACUGACUGGACUUCAUAUUAUCGGGGAAACCCCCACUGCCCGUGUGCGUGUGCAUGUGUGGGGUGUCAGAGUUUGUGCGUGCGUGUGUGUGUGUGUGUGGGGUAUGCUUGUUGACUGUUUGUUUUCCUGCAGACUGCAGGAUCAAACUGCAGGGUUAUGUGUCUAGUAUCGAUUCAGGCUUUUUUGGAAUGUAAACGAGAUCGGUAUUUAGGAUCCUCUUCUGUGUUUAAUGUCCCUAUUUAUAUUUAAUGUAUAUUCACACUGAAGACAGCUCAGUGCCACAAUGUAUGGCCUUCCCUUUCUUUUGACCUUUCUGCAUUUUGCUUUCGUCUUAAUUCGGCUGAAAUUGAAAUCUCUUCUUUGUCCUCGUAGUUGAUUUUUAUAUUUUUGUUUCUGAAAACGAGCCAAACUCGUGUCCAGGAGAUGGCUUCAGUGGCAGCCUCUAGUAGUUUUUUUUCUGAGGCCAUACAAAGCUCUGUACACCAAAAGGCCGCGUUCCUGCUCAAAUGAUCCUUUUGUUUUAAAUGACGGAACCGGUCUUGUUGUUCUCUACAAGGCACUGGUCAGGUUAUACAUGUUCUCCUGACUGAACCAGUAAUGUCAUCUUGCAAGCUGAAACGUCUCCUCCCCCCUUACCUACCCACACGCCUGAACCCUGUUUUUUUUUUUGUGGUUUUUUUUUAAGCACCUCGAAUGAUUACCCCCCCCCAGCCCCCGCCAAUCAGUUAGACUGUCGUUAAGUGAAUCAUCCUCGGACGAGCCCACUAUUGGUAAAAACCUACCCGUCAUGCACGUUUGGUUUGUCCCGCCAAUCCCAAGCGGUCAUCCCACCUCCAAGUAUAAUGUUAUUGGGUGGAAUCGAUGUGGUUCCAUCGCUGAUCUGUGUUACGAUUUUAAACACAUCAGUGUUGUUCUGUAGAAACAUGCAAUGCUUUUAUUCUCUUGGAAAAAAUAAACUUUUCUUUUACUGUAA